AUGUUAGCUGAUGCUGGUGUUGACACGUUAAUUUGCGAUGGUACAAAUGCAUUUACACAUGAUAAUAUAUCGUCAAAAAUUGGACGUGGUUUAAAUGAAUACGGACACCUUGAACAAACAUGUGUAACAGCUGUUGGUCAUCCUGUUAUGAAUAUUGGUCAAUUAUACGAUAGUCCAACUCAACACGAAUCCGAACAAAUAAAUCCCAUGAUAAGUUCUUAUUUUUCUCAACAGUGGGAACAAGCAUUAAAAAUCGUUCCACCAUUUAUAUUUGUCACUGGUUGGAAUGAAUGGAUUGCACAGCAUUUUAUUCAAACAAGUGCACAAAAUUCUUUUAUUGAAUAUUCACGUGAUAUCGAACCAAUGUUUGGUGGACAUCAAGAUAAUUAUUAUUAUCAACUUCUUAGUUAUAUUCGUCGUUUUAAAGAUUUUUCACAAUGGAAUAAUGUUACACCAUAUUAUUUAGAUGAUUUAUUUGACAUUCCAUCUCGUAAUCAUUCACAAUAUGGUAAUCAAAGUGAGAAACUUAUUAAUUAUAGCCAACGAAAUGAUUUAGAAAGAAUGCAAAUAGCACGUGAUGAAAUAAAUUUAUAUUUUUUGUCUACGUUCAAAUGGACCAUGGAUUGA